GUAAAAUUACCACGCUCGCCAAAGGAAAGAUAUUUGACUCGUCACAAAGAACGCGGCACUUUUAGGAGGAAGUUUGCUGCUUUUUAGUGAUCUUGAAGUGUGUUCUGAGAAGGGGGAGGUACUUGUUAACUUUCCGGAUCCGUGAAAGAAAACAUGCGGCGAAAGGAACGAGUGACCCUGCUAAUUUGUAGCACCUGGCUCGGUCUGAUGGCAAGUGUCGUAGGCACAAACCCGCCGCAGGACUGUGCCGACCUGUUCGCGACCGGGACCCGACAGAGCGGCACCUACAUGGUCGGUGAACCCUUCCCGUAUCAGGUCUACUGCGACAUGAGCUUCCUUGGCGGCGGCUGGACAGUCCUUCAACACCGCCAGGAUGGAUCCGUAGACUUCGCCAAGACUUGGGAGGAAUAUCAGCAAGGGUUCGGCGACCUGGACGGAGAGUUUUGGCUAGGGCUGGACAAGAUCCACACACUGACAACGGCAAAGAGUAACAACAUUCUUCAGAUUGAGCUUGAGGAUUUUGAUGGAGAAAGGAGGUACGCGCGGUACGGCACAUUUUCAGUCGGGGGUUCGAGUGAUAAUUAUUUGGUGACUAUUGAUGGGUACACAGGAGACGCAGGGGACAGUCUGACUAGCACUGGGAAUGAUGGACGAAACAACAUAAACAGACAAAAGUUUUCUACGAAAGAUCUGGACAAUGACGGAAACAUUGGUGAUUGCUCGUCUACAUUCGGCCAAGGUGGUUGGUGGUACCCGCUUGCAUGUGGACAAUCCUUCCUACACGGAAAGUAUAACUGUCAUCUCAGCUCUUCCUCCUGUGGUAGAUUAAACGGAGUCCUUUGGACGGGAUGGGGAGGAGAAAAUCACUUCUUGAAGAAAACAACAAUCAUUAUCAGGCCUGCUGACUUUACAGGCUCUGACGCGCCUCAGGACUGUGCCGAUCUAUACGAAGACGGGAUCAUAGAAAGCGGAAUCAACGCCGUCAGCGAUCCCCGCGUCUUUGUGUACUGCGACAUGAGGAACCACGGCGGCGGGUGGACCCUGCUACAGCGCCGACAGAACGGGUCUGUGGACUUCGCUAAGAACUGGGCAGACUACGAGCAGGGGUUUGGAAACCUCGAUGGAGAGCAUUGGCUCGGACUGAGCAAACAGAACCAAAUCACGGGGCAGAAGACAUACAGCUUACGUGUAGACUUGGGAGAUUGGGAAAACCAAUUUCGGUACGCGACGUACAACAGCUUUAGUGUCGGUGGCAGCAGUACGAACUACCAGGUUAGCAUCAGCAGCUACUCAGGUGAUGCUGGUGACAGUCUCGCAAGUGGGGGAAACCGUUUUAGCAUUAACGGUAUAAGUUUCACGACCUCAGACGACAACAAUGGUCCAAAUACUGCAAACUGUGCGGGCAACUUUGGUGGGGGUGGAUGGUGGUUUCCAGACAGCUGUGGGCGAACAAUGCUAAAUGGGCGGUACAACGACUCGCGAAGAGCACAGGGUGUUCAUUGGGAUACAUGGAAGGGGUGGAGUUACACUUUAAAGAUGACAUCACUCAAAGUAAGGCCAAAUAACUUUCCAGUUUGUCCAAAUGGUACGUUCGGAUCGUCCUGCUCUGACACAUGUCAUUGUCUGAACGGAAACGCCUACUGUAACCACGUGAGUGGUGCAUGCUUAGGCGGAUGUGUGGACGGGUGGGCGGGGAGCGACUGUCAGACGGUAUCAGUCCCACCACAAUUUGGUCAACCAGCUCCAACAGAUGAAACCCGAAAUGCAGGGGAGUCCCUAACCUGGACCUGCCAAGCAACAGGCGAUCCCUUGCCAACUACAACUUUCUGGCAUGAAAGGGACGACCUUUCCGCCACAAGUACAACAGAAACUGAGUCAGGCAUCCAGUACACCAGAAGCAUCUUCUCCAUAAACUCUGUAAGUCGUGGCGACAACGGGGCCUACAGCUGCGCAGCCAGUAACAUCGGAGGAUACGUAAUAGCAAAGUUCUCCUUGACAGUCCACGAAAGACCAGACCCUCCCAUUAUUGACAGCGGCCUCACCACAACAAGUACUUCCAUAGCGGUCACGUGGACAUUUCCGUACUUCGGCAACCUACCGAUCAUACAAGUACAGCUACAGUAUCGGGAGGCGGCACCAAGUGGUUCAUGGAUAACGGUCACUCUUCCGGACAGUCCGAGUGAUUACAACAUCACGGGAUUGGACCCAUUCACCUUGUACAGUAUAAGGAUAUCCGCGGAAAACGACCGUGGUUUCAGCGACUUCUCUGAUCUUGUCAAUGUGCAAACACCUGAAUCACCUCCAGGAAAAGUUCGAAAUCUUCGAACAGAAGGAUCAGUAUCAGGUUCACAGAUAGACAUAACACUGACCUGGGAUUCGCCUGAUCCUGAAAACCCAAAGGGGAUCAUCCUACACUACAAAGUUGCCUACGGGACCAGCGAAGCUUCCAUGGGAACCCCACAGACAACCGUCGGUAACCAGACAAUGUAUGUACUGAACGGCAUAACAGCUGGCAGUACCUACAUUGUCCAAGUUUGGGGAGUGACCUCCGCAGGGGCCGGUGAAAAAGAAACGGAGACAAUCGUGAUUCAGCCCAUCCCAAAUCCACCAUCAAGCGUCGACGUCAUUAAUGCUAGACGCUGUGCCUGUGUGUCCGGCGACGUUACGGACAAAGCCACAGCGACAGUGACAUGGGAUGCACCGGAAGGAGACAACGGUGACGUCAUGGGAUACCACAUUUACUACUUCCGUGGCGAAACAAGCGGAGGGCGGGAAACCGUAACGACCGGAGGCCUAACUGAACAACUCGAAAAUCUUGAACCGGACUCAAAGUAUACUGUGACGGUGGCCGCUUACAAUUCAAUUUUCACCGGGACCGAAAGUGACCCAGCAAUAGUUUACACCCCUGAUGGAUGCUCGAGUCCUCCAACAAAUUUAAAUGCUGUCGAAUCUUCAAAUACUUCCGCUGUCAGCUGCACCAUUACAUGGAAUGCACCUGCUGUGACUAAUGGGGAUCUUACAAACUAUAAGAUACUUUACCGAUGGACAUGGAACCGAGUUCCUGAAUACACCAGCGAGAAUGCGAUAGAAAGCAUUACGAGUGACAUAGUGAUGAUAGACGCGACGACUAAGACAAAGGAGGUAGGUCCGAACAAGAAGCUCAGCGUCAGGGUUGCCGCAUCAACGUGUCACGAAGGCGAACCUUCAGUUGAGCUGGAAUUCGUCUGUAUCAAUCCAUCCACAGCACCACCACCGCCUUUACCGAUUCCUGAUAUUCCACAAGAUGGAAUCACUUCGUCUUAUUUUAAGAUGGACAUCCAGCGGGCGUCAUCAGAGAACGGUCCGAUCUGUUGCUACCAGAUCAUCGUGGUGCCCAUGAAACAUGAGGAGACCCUUGACACCCUGCGGUCCAUCGGCCUGAGGGAGGCGACAGUGUUGACCAGUAGUGAUGUCAGCGCGGCUAUUAGAGGUCGUGAGUUGCCGUAUGUAGCAGAUGCAUUCACAAGGCCCAUAGAAGCCUGA